UGCGUGCGUCAAUCACGUAUCUUUCCUGGCUCCACGCUUCUCUCUGAUUGGUCUAGCCUUUAUCCGGGGGCGGGAGCUCCUGGAUCAAUCCCGAAAUCCCAUUGGACAAGGCCUUUAUUCGGUUGACGUGACGCAGCUCGGAAUUCCCAAAGUUCCCAAGUUCACAGGAGGAGAGGAACGUUGAUUUUACGACUAAGCAAGAGUUUUUGAAAGGGGAAAUAAGGCAGCAACUGGAACAUAAGCAGGAUAUUAUAAAGGUGAAUCUGUCUGCUGCUGUGCCAAUCUUAGCCUCCAGAGGGCGAUGUCUGACACCAGCAACAGCACAGGAAGCACUGGCUCCUCCACCAACAGCUGGACCCUCCUCUCACCAGAGGAGGCAGCCAUUGAGAAUGUCGGGCCAACAGACGACGGCACUGAGAGUUUGGGUGAUGCCCCCAGUCUGUCUGAGGAGGUGGCAGGAGCUGCUGCAGAGUAUAAACCAGCUGACCUUCCAGUAGAAACUGUCCUGUCUGAAGAAGGGCACCAGGUUUGUCAAGAAACUUCCCCAGGAUCCAGUGAGGGUCCCGUCCCUUCUAGUCCUUCCAGAUUAAGCCCUCUCCCCUCAAACCCUCUCGAUUCCUCAUUGCUCGACGCAGAGAGUCAGCCCCCCGUCAUCCACGAUAUCGUAACCACCUCUCCCAGCGACAACGAGCCUCAAGGCGUCAUGCCUUUGGUCACCAGCAUUGAUUUGGAAGCUCAGCUAGACAUCCCAGCAGUUGAUAUUCCCCUAGCAGACUCCACAGUGUCUUCCCCCGCCACUCGCAUGGCUGAGACCACCUCCCCCGCUGAGCCUGUGCUCCACACUCCUGCUGAUUCUGGGCCAAUGCCUACGAGUCCUGCUGCUGGGAGUGAUGUCUCAAGCUCUGAACCCGAGGUCAACAUCCCCACAGAGAACCUUACAGCCGCUGGACCCCCACCUCAUGUUGGAGAUGAGGUCGGCUUUGGUCCAGAGAGCACGGAGCCUCCGAGCCCAGUCCCAGAAAGACUGAUGGCAGAACAUGGGGGAAGCCCUGACCCGGAGACCGUUGGCUCUGCUGAGACAGAAGAAGACGAGGCUGAUGCUGAGAAGGAGGAAGGACCAUCGGAGGCCCUGAACUUGGAUGAGGAUGAGGAAGACCAGUCCAGCAGCUUGGAGUUGGGCGACACGAGUGGCUUUGAUGACGGACUGAGAAGGAGGAAUGUUCCCUCCUUUGAAGCGCCAAGGCCGAGAACCUCUGAUGAGGAGGAUGACGAAGAGGAGGUCGAGUUUAAAAUGGCGGAGAGAAAGGAGGAGAAACCGUGGUUCUCCAUGAACAAAUGUAUCGUUGCUGCUUUGGUCCUGCUCUUCUUAGGUUCCCUGUUUUUGUCAGGGGACAUCGACGGACCUGAGUUGAGCGAUGGAGAACAAAACCAGGACUGGAUUAGCGGAGAUCCACAGGAUAUGAAAGAGCUGCUGGAUAAACUAACAGAGGAAAACCAGCAGAUCACUCAGCUGGAGGUUCAACUACAAUCUAAGAAAGACGAACUUGACACGGAGAUGAAGGCGGUGGCUGAGAGUGGCGAUGAACGGGGUAAAGCAGACUUGGAAGAAGAAAACUCAAAGCUGAAGGAGGAGCUGUCGGUCCUGCCUGAGCUGAAGAAAGAGCUGGAGAGUCUCCGGGCGAGAGUGACCGAACUCAGCCAGCUCACAGGAACGGUGUCGCCUGCUUCCAGCCCCGCUUCUCAGCCGAAUGCUGAAGAUGCUCAGAGUUCCCAUAAAGCAGCUGGACCAGAGUGGAGAAAGGAUGGAAAGCUGAAGGAAGAGCUUCACCGUCAGAAAGUCCUGUUAGAAGAAAGCAAGAAAAGACUGGAAGGGAUGAGAAAGGAUGGAGGUGAUGGAAAACAAGUUUGGGAGAACUUAGAAGGAAUCCAGAAGAAACUCUCAGAACAAGUUGAGAGGUGGGAGAAGACGAAGCCACAGGGGCCAAAAUGGAAAGGAAAAAGGGACAAAAAACAGGAGCGAGACCACUGGAAGAAGGAGCAAAAGAAGGAGUGGAAGCACGGCAAAGAGGAGAAGAAAGAAAAGGAGGGGAAACCCCAAAAGGAAAACUCUCACAAAGAAGCGUGGAGGAAGAACCAGGACGACUGGCAGAGGAAAAAGGGCGAGCGCAGGAUGGACCGAGAGGAAAGGAGGAAGGAGAAGCCGUGGCACAGCCGGCCGGGUAAAAACUCUCCCCAUCAUCAUCAGCAGACCCGGCAGCCUCAGCAGCACAACCACAACGACUUCUGGAGAGACCAGGAGCUCAAGCUCCAUCGCAACGUCCGUCCGCAGCUGGGCUGCACCUCCGUGGAGGACUGCGCCACUAAGGAGGGGCUCUACCCCGUGGAGCUGUCCGAGUUUGAGGAGCUGCUGGAGGGCUACCUGAGCAAGCUGGAAGGCUCCUCCAACGACGGGAAGGAUAAGAUCCGCAAGCUGACUGCUGACUUCUUCGAGGACGGCGUCUUCAUCCAUGACAGGGUGCGCUUCGGGGACUUUGCUGAGGACGUUGCAGAUGUCCUGGAAGACAUGGUGGAUGUAUUGGAGGGUGGUGGACAGAAGGACAAUGACUCCCUGGAGGAGGAGAUGGAGGAGUUUGAGCGGGAGGCCCUGUGGAAGUUUGCAGCCACAGCUUAAAAGAAGGAUUUCAAAGCAUUAAAACCCAAGAAGGACAUUGCUGAUGAUGGUUUUGUAGGACAUUUCCUUAACUUCUCCUCUGAGCUGUGAUUGUUGUAGCUUUUGGAACAGACUCCUUAAUGUGUCUCUCAGAGUCUCUUAUUAUAAGCUAUACUGUGUUUGCCAUUUUGGGCUUAGUUGUUGUUACCUACCUCUGUCCGGGUCAUGGCUCCUGUUUCAGAGUAACCUGCUGUGUGAAUUUUAUUUCUUUUUUUUUCUUUCUUGCUCUAAUUGGUGCAUGUAGCAUUGAUGUGAAUUUAAACCCAGACCAGACUGGGAGCAUUCGAUCAGUAUUACCCAGAUAAUCAACCUAAUCAUCAGUCCCCUAUAAGUCCGGUCCCAGAGGAGGGCAUCCUGCUGUGUUCUGCGAUUUUUAUCAGAUCAGGUCUGACUGGUUUCUUUGUCAGCAUUUUUUUUUUUUUUCAGCAAACAAACGGAGAAAGAGAGAGACCUGUUUAUGAGCCUCAAGCAUUUUCUGUUAACCUGACUUGCCCCAGAUCUGUUUAUUUGACUUCUGCUCCUAGAGAAAAAGCAAUACCACAGAUUCAACACUUCUUGACCACUUUAGCACUUUUCGUCAAACAUGGCGAUUACUUCUCACCGUUUCUUGUGAAGGGGCUCUUCUUUCCCAGCGCACAAGUACAAUUAUAAAUUAGUAAUCCCAGAAGAAGCCCCUUCACUUCAUCUGUUAAUGCUCCAGAUUACGUUCUACACCCCUCCACCCCCCGUUUCAUUCAGAAAUAGGUUUGAGUUGACUUGCAUGCAGCUGAUUUAGAUGUAGUUUCCAGAAUUUAAAUAAGAAUAAAAAAAAGACUUUUCAUAUUUUUGGGCAAAAGGAAAAAAAAAAAAAACAGCACAAAAUCAAGCCCAAAAAUAAGGUAUCCUUUUGAUUUCACCAGUUCCUCUUUAUGUUGAUGUCAAAGUGAAAAGUUGGCAGAUUGUGAUUGUUAAAAGAAGCUUUGUUGUGUUUCCUGAUUAUUUAUUCUGUCACUUUUAUUUCUUUAUCAAAGGAGCGACAGACUUGGUCCCAGGCUGUUCACGCUGAAUGUUAAAGCAGCUUUGAUUUACUUGAUGUAGGAGCUGCUGCUUAUGUGCCUUUCUCACAAUGAAUAUCUCAGAAUGGACCAGAGGUCUCUGAUUUCCUUUCCUUCUACUAGAAGAAGAAGUUUACGCAACUUUAAUUUGUCCUGCUGUUGAUAGAACAUGAAGUGAAUGUUGCAGAGUUUUUACAGAUGAGACGUUGUACUGGUUUAUUUCUGAAGAUCUCCCAACCUAAAGGGUUUGAGGGAAUCCUCGUAGCACGAAUUAAAGUAAGAGUUUAGUUAAUAUUUGAGAGUAUUUCUGUCUGUUUGGCAACAAUAGGGCAGGACCUGGAGAUGAAUGGAUAUAACGUCAGGGCACCUAUAAAUUCUAUCAUCAUCAGUUGUGUCCUGUUUAUGUGAAAUAAACAUUGA